AUGGAGGCUGUUAUUGAGAAGGAAUGCAGCGCGCUUGGAGGACUCUUUCAAACAGUUAUCGGAGACAUGAAGAGCAGCUGCCCUAUUUGGGAGGACUUUAUCACCAAGGCAGGAAAACUGCAGUCCCAGCUCAGGAUGACAGUGGCUGCUGUUGCUGCCUUCCUGGAUGCUUUCCAGAAGGUGGCUGACUUGGCGACCAACUCAAGAGGGGGCACUCGAGACAUUGGAUCUGCUCUGACCAGGAUGUGCAUGAGACAUCGCAGCAUAGAGGCCAAACUCAAGCAGUUCUCAAUGUGCUUCCUGGAGGGUCUGAUCAAUCCCCUACAGGAGCAGAUGGAAGAGUGGAAAAGAGGUGUCAACACUUUGGACAAAGACCAUGCAAAAGAGUACAAAAGAGCUCGACAGGAGAUAAAGAAGAAAUCCUCAGACACACUGAAACUUCAGAAAAAGGCAAAGAAAGGUAAAAAACAAUGCCGAGGUGACAUCCAGCCCCAGUUGGACAGUGCAAUGCAGGAUGUGAGUGACAAAUACCUUCUCCUCGAAGAGACAGAAAAACAGGCCUUGAGGAGGGCUCUCAUCGAGGAGAGGCAGAGGUUUUGCUCCUUUGUAGCUAUGCUGCGGCCAGUUGUGGAUGAGGAGAUAUCCAUGUUGGGAGAGGUUAUCCAUCUUCAGACUAUUUCUGAGGACCUCAAGGCACUAACAUCUGACCCACACAAGCUUCCUCCGGCCAGUGAACAGGUCCUCUUGGACCUGAAAGGCUCGGACUACGGCUGGUCAUACCAAACGCCACCUUCAUCCCCCAGUACCACCAUGUCCAGAAAGUCCAGCAUGUGCAGUAGUCUGAACAGUGUUAACAGUAGUGACUCCAGGGGAUCCAGUGGCUCUCACUCUCAUUCUCCUUCCUCCUCUUCUUCCUCCUCUUCCUCACACCACCUAUUCCACCACCAACUCCCCCGCCAUCGAUACCGCAGCUCCACGUUACCCCAGCAGGCCCCAGCUCGGCUCUCUAGCAUCUCUUCCCACGACUCGGGCUUCAUUUCUUCAUCACAAGAACAACGCACAUCGUCCAAAUCACCCUCACCAAUGGCUUCUGAAGCAAAGCACUCUCUGUCCCAGCCUUGUCCCAGUUUCAGCUCCUCUGAGAUGUUAGAGACUGGGCAGCUUCACAAUGACUGCAGCUCCCCCUCUCCUCUCGCUGCUGCUACUACACCUCAGCACGAUACUGACAAGCAGCUGUCCAAUGGUUUCGACCAUUACAGCCCAGCCAGUUCCCCCUACCUACAUAGCAAUGGGGGUAGUUUGAGCUCGGUGUCCAGCACUGCCUUCCCCUGCUUCCCUCUCUCCUCAUCCUCCACCUCCACCUCGUGCCCUACUCGUUCAUGGUCGCGUCCCGCUUCAGCCUUGCUGCCAGACUACCCCCACUGCUGCACGCUGGGUUCCCCCAUGGUGCCUUCAUCACGAGUACCCAGCUGGAAGGACUGGGCAAAGCCAGGGCCUUAUGACCAGCCUAUGGUCAACACACUGAGGAAGAAGAAAGACAAGGAGACUCCAGCCGUGGUGGACAGCAGUGGGGGUGUAAACAGUGGGGCCAGUCUCCCGUCAGGCCUGGCCUCAAUGUCAGCACCAUCUGCAGCUGUGCUUCCAACACCAGUUCAACAAGAGGAGAAAAACAGGAUUGCGUCAUCACCUCUGAAGGCUGGUGAUAUUGAGGCCCACGAUGAAUUGGCUCUGGCCCUAUCCCGAGGUUUAGACCUGGACACGCAGAGGUCUAGUAGAGACUCCAUCCAGUGCUCCAGUGGCUACAGCACACAAACCAACACACCCUGCUGCUCUGAGGACACUAUACCAUCACAAGUAUCAGACUUUGAUUAUUUCUCCAUGGCUGGAGAUCAAGAAUCAGAGCAGAAGCAACAGCAGCCUGACUUUGACAAGUCCUCCACCAUCCCCAGAAACAGUGACAUCAGCCAGUCCUACAGACGCAUGUUCCAGACCAAACGGCCCGCCUCCACAGCUGGCCUCCCCAGCACACAGGCGCCCUAUCCUGGACAGGGGACCUACCAAGGAGGGCCCUAUCCCUCCACACCAAUCCACACAGCAACAUAUCAGCCUUCUCAUGCUGGGCCAUAUCCUCCGACCCCUACAGGCCACGGUCCAAACAUCGUCACCCCUGGAGUUGCCACAAUCCGACGGACCCCCUCCUCUAAGCCCUCUGCCCGCCGCUCAGGUUCUGUAGGUACAGGCCCCAUUCCUAUCCGCACUCCCAUGGUGCCAGUAAAAAUCCCUACGGUGCCUGAUGUUCCGGGAAUAGUUAAUGGGAGCAGGAGUGCAGACGAGAUGGGAAGAGCAGAGGACAGUCCAGAUUCUCCAUCAUUUGGAGGAGCAGAGGAUGCUGGUUCCUUGCCUGUGGUGUCCUGGAGUGGCCAGGCCUCCACCAACCCCCCCACCGUACCCCUUCCCCACCAGCUCACGCAGCACCUGGCAAGGAGAGAUGAGCCCGGGGAGCCAGAGGAAGGAAACAUGCUCAUGGCCAUCCGCAAGGGGGUCAAGCUGAAGAGGACCCUCACUAAUGAUCGCUCUGCACCACGCAUCGCAUGAUGACAUCAUCACUCAGCUCAGACGGGCUGAAGAUACAAGAAGCAUGUGGCCUACUUUCAUAGAUUUGGGGCACCUUCUGCAAAGUGUUUGUGAAUUAGGUCAAAAGCUUUAGGACACGUAGCUCAUAGGAGUGCAGCGUGUAAAAAGAAAAGGUUCUUUAUGCUCAUAGCUGAAGUCUGUUGUACAUAAUCUACAAUUUUUCACCCAAAAAAGACAGGAAAAUUGUACAGUUCGGGCUCAUAUCUUGAAAUUUAGUGCUACUAUUGUUCGUCCUUUAGUAGAUGAGAGGCCCCUUGUAGUAACUCGGGUUCUUGUAUUGACAAAGCUUUCGGCCAAACUAUUAUGAGCACUAAGAGAAGCCCUACCAUUGUACACCAGGCCCUCAAAUGGAGGAUUUCAGCCAAAGCACUGAAAUGUAGACAUCUUCAUUUAUGCUGUGACAUUUACAUUUGCACGUUAAACAGAAAGAAUCAAAGAGCCGCUUGGCAGCCUCUGAACUGUGUGAACUUCUUUCUUUUGGGCGUACUUCAGCACACCAUUUCCACAGAGCUACAGCAGCCGGAGUGAGACCAUCACUACGACGAGGCAUGAGGACUUUGUGUUGCUGCACUUGUUCCACCCACAUACUGUGUGAUUCGAACACUACAGUGUGAUGUGUUAAGAGGGGACAUGAACUGAAAGUCAUGCCCAGAUUAGUUUGUGUGUUUUUGUAUUCCCACAGUUCCGAUGUGUUCCCUCAGAGUGCCAAAUCAUUCAGUCUCCCACUUCACAGUAGUACAAAAUGACAUGCUUCCUACUCUGCAUUUAAUCAGUUUAAGUCUCAUCAUUUUUUUUACUCUGCAGUCCACAUGCAGAGCUCUGCAGAACUUCUCAGUGUUUUUUCUUCUUUAUAUAAGCCCCUUCUUUUGUGACAUUUAUUAGCAAUUAUAAUACUUUGGGACUCUUGGAUUGCUGGUGACGUUCCUAACAGAUGUCAACAUGCAGAUGAGGCGCCAUGCCAAAGCACGAUACUAAAUCAGUCUCUUUUUUACAACAAGUAUGCUCACGUCCUUUUAAUCAACUAGAUAAUUACAGCUGUCGCCAUUUUUUUCAUUCAUUGUAAUUGGUGACAAAUCCUGUAUAGUGUUAGUAUAAAAACUAGGGAGAUUCAUCAAAAUCCAUUGUUUAAUUUAAGGUAUAUGUCUAUAUAACCAUUAUGGUUAUGCCUCCUAAUCUGGACCGUGGUAUGAUUGAGGCUCAUCAAGCAGCAUCAUAAUUCUAUAAGCUAAAUAGGCUAGUUACUGUCACGGAGUGGUAGUCUGUGUUCGAUUUGCAUUUCAGUUUAAGCACUGUGAGACUGUGUCUACUACAACAUUUUUGAAAGUGUAAAUAUCAUUUACUGUUUUAGCUUAGUGCUCUCAUAGGUUAGGAACGCUCAUUUUUAAUUUAUUUCCAUAUCUUUUUCUUUGUUUAAAUCUCAUCCUCUCAGCCUCACUAUUUUUAUACCUCUUAUGAAAUACCAGAAUACAGUGCGUUGUUUAUUUCCCCACAGUGAGUGUCUGAUUUCACACUGCUGCAGAUGUUGCAUGUUGGUAGACAUUCAGACUGGUGCGGAGAUUACCCGUUCAAAAUAGUUUAGAUUUUUAUCUUUAGUCUUGCAUCAGUAUUAUGAGUUAGAGUUUUUAAACUUUUUUUUAUUUGCUCACACUUCAGUUUCCAAUCACAAACCCCCCCCCCCCCACAAACUAAUUCCAAUUAGUUUGGAUUUAUAACAACAUGCAAACUGUUUUGUCCAAAUAUCUUAAACCUAUGUUAUCGAUUUGUAAUUUCCAUACUUAAAUUGUGAGCAUAAAUAUAUACAUUGCAAAAUGUCAAUAUAUCCUAUAAAUAAGAAAUUUAUAGUUUGUGAAGUUGUUUUCUAGUUUAGUUUGCAGCUCAUUUUUCCCCAUAAGAGAGUUGACCUCUCUGUCAGACCGUGUAUAGUACAGGCUAUGAUGCAGUUAGCUUCAGGAAGUAAAAGUUGUUAUUUUUUGUGUCCUGACAGCUUUAGCAAUAUGAUUAAAAGAUA